GGCCCCGGCCGGCCCAGCGCGGGCAGGGCCAGCGGCGGGGCCCGGCCCUCAUGGCUCCGCCCCGGCCCUUUAAGGCGCCGCGGGGCCGCGCCGUGCCGAGAGGCGGCGAUCCGAGCUGAGAACCACCAUGCCGAACUGGGGAGGUGGCAACAAAUGCGGUGCCUGUGGCCGCACCGUCUACCACGCUGAGGAGGUGCAGUGCGACGGGAGGAGCUUCCACCGGUGCUGCUUCCUCUGCAUGGUCUGCCGGAAAAACUUGGACAGCACAACUGUAGCAAUUCAUGAUGCUGAAGUUUACUGCAAAUCUUGCUAUGGGAAAAAGUAUGGGCCAAAAGGUUAUGGAUAUGGCCAAGGGGCAGGCACGCUGAACAUGGACAGGGGAGAGAGACUAGGAAUCAAGCCUGAGAGCACGCCUUCUCCUCACCGGCCCACCACAAAUCCAAACCCUUCCAAGUUCGCUCAGAAGUUUGGAGGGACAGAGAAAUGCUCUAGGUGUGGUGAUUCUGUUUAUGCAGCAGAGAAAGUAAUAGGAGCUGGAAAGCCAUGGCACAAGAACUGCUUCCGAUGUGCCAAGUGUGGCAAAAGCCUAGAAUCUACAACCCUAACUGAAAAAGAGGGAGAAAUCUAUUGUAAAGGUUGUUACGCGAAGAACUUUGGCCCCAAGGGAUUUGGGUAUGGCCAGGGAGCAGGUGCCCUUGUUCAUGCCCAGUGAGGGGGCUAAAAACGCCUUCCAGCUCUGCUGAGAUCCUGCCAGAAGGAACAAGAGAGUUUCCUAAAUGUUACUAACUACUGUGAAACAGAUACUAGUUACUGUAGUGUACCUUCAGCCAAUGAUUUUAAAAACAAACACACACACUGCUUUUUUCUUCGCCUUGUGUAUCACACUGUAACACUUUUAAUACUGAGUAUCAAUUCAAUAAAGCUUUGCUUGUUGAUAUACCCUAA